UCCAAAUGGAAAAAAAAAAAAAGACAGGAAAAUAAAUGAAAUAAAUAGCACAGUGCCCUGGAUGGGCGUAGGCCAUAGAGAAAAAUAAAUAAAAUAGCACAGUGUCCUGGAUGGACAUAGGGCAGAGAGGUGGUUAUAAGAGAACUCUCUUAGAUUGUCUAGAGCGUGUGGAUUUGUGUGGGGCCUUUAAGGAAAAUGGGUAUAAAAGGCUCUUAAGUAGAAAACUCUUUAGCAAAGGGAGAGGUAGGUAAGUGCAGAGUAUUUCGGGGACUUAAGCAUUUGAUAUUGUGGAGUUAAAAACAGAAGUUAAGAUGUUUAACAGAAACCAAGCAUAGAAGUUUAUGACUAAUCCUAGCACUUAGACAGCUGAAGCAGGAGGAUUGUUACAAGGGCAGCCUUGACUACAGAGUCAUAUCUGUCGGUCCCCAACCUUCCUCCCACACACAAAAGCAAUACCAAACAAGUCAUCUUGCAUUCAUUGUAUAUGACAAGUUCUUAUUCGUGUAAAAUUCAGUGACUACAUACUGUUUCCUUAGUCCCAGUCAUGGAGCACGUGCUACCUGUUUAACACUGGUGGUGGCUCUUUAUCACAUUCCGUUCUCAAAGCUGACCCUGUAAGUUAGGACUUAAUCCCAAAUUAGAUGAGCAGAGGAGUAGGUAGGACCGGCCAGUAUCCAGUGAUGGAGUGAUGGUAGCUCAGGAUAACUAGCAAAGCCAGUGUCCCCUGCACCACAGCACACCCACAGUUACUCUGGCAAUAGUCACAUUUGUCACAUGCUCAGAUUAAAGAAUUCCAUGUUUGGUUUUGAAAGAAUAUAGAAAACAUUUUUUAAAAAUGUAUGUGUAUGAAUGUUUUACCUGCAUGUAUGACUGUGCACCAUGUGCAUGCCUGGUGAAAGCAGGGGCCAGAAGAGGACAUUGGGCACCCUGGAAAUGGAAUUAAGAGAUGAUUGUGAGCGUCCAUGUUGGUGCUGGGAAUCAAUCCCAAGUGCUCCGGAAGAGCAGCCAGUGCUCUUAGCCGUUGCCAUCUGUCCAGCCCUGAGAGAUCUCUGAGAAGGCAGUCUUUGUACUGUGGGGUAUUCAUUAUGCAAUUCAAUUAUUGUUUAAAACCAUUAAUUAGCCAGCAUGAUAACACAUGCGUUCAGUCUCAGCAUUUGGAAAGAAGAGGCAUGUGGAUCUCUGAGUUCAAGACCAGUCUGACCUACAUAGUGACUUCCAGACCACGCUUGGGCUACAUAGACCCUAUCUCCAAAAAAGAAAAGAAAGCCUCACAAAAACCCAACAUUUUUAAAAACCCUGUUUGUUCUACUUUAUAGACUGUAAAAAGAUUUAAAUACAUAGGACCUGGUUUUGAUCUCUAGCACUGAGAGAGGAAAGAUUUAUUUAAAGAAGAUUUUCAUUCUUUUCAAAGUAUUUUUCAUGGCCAGACAUGCUGGCUCAUGCCCAUAAUCCCAGCACUUAGGAAUAGAUGCAGGAAGAUGAAGACUUCAAAAUCACCCUUUGAUACAUGAUGAGUUCAAAGCCAGCCUGAGCUUCAUGAGACCCUGUCUCUAAAACUAAAACAAAGAAGAAAACCCAGCAACAACAACCCAUGUAAUGAUUUUAGGAUGUUCAUGCCCAGGUGAGACAAGAGCUGUUGUGAAGCUCCCCCAUCCUGCUGCUGCUUGUGACACUCUUGCUGUUCACUGGGAACAAAGUCCUGCUUCUACCUGCACUGACUACAACUCACCUGACAGCUUUGAGAAAUGCCCUAGGUACUGUUCUCAGAGAGUGCCCCUUUGGGGCCUGUGAGAUGGCUUAACAACUACAGGAGCCUACUGCCAAGCUUUCCAGCCUGAGUUCAACCCCCAGGAUUCACAUGGUGGAAGGAGAGCAACUUCAGCAACUUGUUCUCUGAACUCUACACAGGUGCCCAAAUGUGCACACACAUACACACAACAUAUAAAUAUUUGCAUUAAAAAGGUCCUCCUUUGCCUUAAUUUCUCAAAUCAUUUUCCUCCAUCAUCCUUCCAUGCUUGUGGGAUGGCAGAUGAGUUAACAUUAAGCAGCUGCCUUGUACACCAAGACAGCCUCUUGGCAAAGUGUUUCGGCUUUGUCUUUUAUAGAUUCUUCUGUAAAAUGUCUUCUUUGGCACUCUUUUCCAUAUCCCUUGCACUUCCCUAGUGUUUCAUUAUGCUUCUGGUGUAACUUCUGGUUCCUUUCUUUUUUGAGAAACCAGGGACUCAGGUUAGUGUGAUGGCAGCAUGGCAGACUUAAGGAUCUUCUGAUGCCAACUCCUUGUGAGAAGGUGAUGUCACAUGAAACAGCAGUGGCACCCCUUACAAAUGCAUUACCUAGUGGAGGGUAAAUCUGAAAGUUAUGCAGAGUUGUGGAGCAAACCACCAUGAAACCUAGUGGCUUAAAACAGUACCAUUUACUAUCCUGAGUCUACUGCUUGGUGGGUAUUGCUGCUGCUCUUAGCAGACCUGUUUGCAGCUGGGCUCACUCACAUAUCUCAUCAGCUGACUUUUUCAAGUCCUUCCUAUGGGACAGGAGUCUGGCCAUUCCCUCAUGGUAUGGCAGAGGCACAAACAAGAUCAUGGCAGGCCUUCCAUGCAAAGAUACAAGAAGUACAUAGACUAUUCAGAUUGGUGCUGUCAGCAUAGCUGCAGGAAGUGACGGGGCCAUGUGCAGUAUCAGUGAAAGGAGACUAGAGUUGGAAAAUAGAGGAAAACCAUUAAUUGGGCUAUAAAUAUAGUUAGGUUCCCAGUUAGGACCCCAAUAUGAAAAGAAACUUUCAAACUUAGAUGACUGAAUCACAUUUGUGUAGGGGAAGAAAUAGACCAAGUAAAGAUCUGAGCUAUGGCCUGUAGCAUUCUACAUAGCUCUGCAAGGCGGGUAGGAAGCAGAGCUCAGAGAAGUUAAAUAACUUGCUCAAGGUCAUCGGCUGAUCCAGGGUGAGGCUGAGAUGAUAUUGUAAGGCUGUCUGGCCUGGAGUCUCGGUUCUUUUCAGCACUCUAAGAAGAGAAGAGCACCAGGGUCUGUCUUCCUGCUUGUUUACUAUGUCUACAAGCCCAUCUCUAAAAUCCCACUGCAGUCCAGAAACCACAUGUCUGUUGUCCUUCCCGGUGAGGAUUAGUCUAUAGCCUGCAUAAACCUGUGGCCCUUCCUAGGUAAUUCAGAGAAGGAGAAGCCACUUCUCUUUAUUCUUUGAUAUUGAGGACAUCUGAGCAUGAGUUUUGGAGUCAGAUUUACUGGGAUUCAACCAUGCACUAGCUCUGUAACCUUGGGCAACUCAUUUAACUUCUCGAAAUCUCUUUCUUCAUCUUAAAAAAAUGGGAAUAAGAACACCUUGUUUGCAGAGCUGUUACAUGGACUAAAGCUAAAUUAUGUUUAUAAAGUGCCUAUCCCAGUGCCUGGCAUGUAAUAAAUGGUGUUAUGAAUACUGUUAGCAUCAUUUCUAAGGACAGCCUUUCCCCGUCCUGGGAACCCCUGUGUCUGUGUGUUGGACAGGUUCCCCCCACCUCCAGUCAGUCUGUGCAGACUUGUUGCCUGCUGUGUCACCGCGAGCGCAAAGGCUGGGAAGAAGGCCCUUCACAAAAUGGACUGGUGUUGCAGGGUGAGAAGCUGCCCCCUGACUUCAUGCCAAAGCUCGUGAAGAACCUCCUAGGCGAGAUGCCUCUAUGGGUCUGCCAAAGUUGCCGAAAAAGCAUGGAGGAAGAUGAAAGGCAGACAGGUCGAGAACAUGCAGUGGCGAUUUCCUUGUCACAUACACCCUGCAAAUCACAGUCUUGUGGGGGUGACUCUCAUUCAUCCUCGUCCUCUUCUUCAUCAUCCUCAUCUUCCUCCUCUUCCUGCCAUGGCAACUCAGGGGACUGGGAUCCCAGCUCGUUCCUGUCAGCACAUAAGCUCUCAGGCCUCUGGAAUUCCCCACACUCCAGCGGGGCUGUGCCAGGUGGCUCACUUGGUAGCCCUCCUGCCAUCCCUGGUGAGGCUUUCCCUGUCUCGGAGCACCACCAGCACUCAGACCUCACUGCUCCCCCUAACAGCCCUACCGGCCAUCCCCCACAUCCAGCAUCUCUGAUUCCUUCUCACCCCGGCUCCUUCAGCUCACCGUCCCACCCACAUGUGUUGCCCUCCACCCCGGAAGCACCUUUCCCUGCCCAGACUUCAGAGUGCCCUGUGGCUACUGCCACUGCCACCCACCCCCCAGGGCCUUGUCAGAGCCCCCAUCUGCCCUCCACCAGCAUGCCACUCCUGAAGAUGCCUCCACCAUUCUCUGGGUGCAACCACCCCUGCAGCGGGCACUGCGGUGGGCACUGCGGUGGGCCUCUCCUCCCACCACCGAGCUCGCAGCCACUCCCUAGCACUCACAGCAGGGACCCUGGGUGCAAGGGGCACAAAUUUGCACACAGUGGCCUGGCCUGUGAGGCAGAUGAGGGUCUGGGCGAGGAAGAGGAUAGCAGCUCUGAGCGCAGCUCUUGCACCUCGUCCUCCACCCACCCACGCGAUGGGAAGUUCUGUGACUGCUGCUACUGUGAGUUCUUCGGCCACAAUGCGCCACCCGCUGCCCCGACGAGUCGGAAUUAUACUGAGAUCCGGGAGAAACUCCGCUCGAGGCUGACCAGGCGGAAAGAGGAGCUGCCCAUGAAGGGGGGCGCCCUGGGCGGGAUCCCUGGGGAGCCUGCGGUGGACCACCGAGAUGUGGAUGAGCUGCUGGAAUUCAUCAACAGCACGGAGCCCAAAGUCCCCAACAGCGCCAGGGCUGCCAAGCGGGCCCGGCACAAGCUGAAAAAGAAGGAAAAAGAGAAGGCCCGGUUGGCAACAGAAGCUCUGAAGCAGGUGAAUCGUGUUUCUGGAAGCCAGGAGCUAAGACCUGCCAGGGAGAGGCUCCUAGAGUGGCCUGACCAGGAAUUGGACCGGGUCAAUAACUUCUUGAGUAGCCGCUUACAGGAGAUCAAGAGCACCGUCAAAGACUCCCUCUGUGCCAGUUUCAGCAUGUGUGAGCUCAACCUGGAUAGCGGUGGCUUUAAGGAAGGGACUGUAGAACCUCAGUCCCAGACUCUGCCCCCUUCAGACCUCAAUGGCUCCUCUGAGCAACAGCCUGAUAUCAACCUUGACCUGUCCCCUUUGACUUUAGGCUCCCUUCAGAGCCACACAUUACAAGCUCCAAGUGAGCCAGUCAUACCAUGGGCAGAAAGAAGAGCCCCUCACCCAGCAUGGACAGAAGUACGGGGUCCCCCUCCUGGUACCCCUGAGAAUGGGCUCGUGAGACGACUCAACACUGUGCCCAACUUGUCCCGGGUGAUCUGGGUCAAGACACCCAAGCCAGGCAACCUAAGCUCUGAGGAAAGUUCGAAGGAAGUUCCCAGUUGCAAGCAGGAGCCAGCUGAGCCGGUGACCACAGGUGGGAAGCAAAGGAAGAGCAAGAGGCAGGGAAAUCAAGCAAAGAAGAGUGAGGCUGGUCCGACCCCAGGAAACCUAGAGGCACCCAGUGCCAAGAGCCAGACAUCUAACACCAAGCAGCCAGGCAAGGGCCCAGAGCCUGCCAAAGUGGGUAAUUGCGCAGAACCUGGAGAGGGCAGCCGGGGGAGCCGGCCAGGACCAAGUUGGGCUGACAACCCCAAAAUUGAGAAGAAGGGUAGUUCCUGGCAGAACUGGCCAGGUGAGGCCAAGGCACGGACUCUGGAGCAGGAAUCUGUGCAGACCCCAGGCCCAGCAAGGCCACAGAGCUUGUCCCAGGGCAAAGGUCGCAGCCGCCGGAGCCGCAAACAGGAGAAGUCAGCCUCCUCCUUGGACGAUGUGUUCCUGCCCAAGGACAUGGAUGGGGUGGAGAUGGAUGAGACAGAUCGCGAGGUGGAGUACUUCAAGAGGUUCUGUUUGGAUUCUGCAAAGCAAACUCGUCAGAAAGUUGCUGUGAACUGGACCAACUUCAGCCUCAAGAAAACCACUCCUAGCACAGCUCAGUGAGGCAGAGACCUCAGCUGCCCUGCCAGGUCGACUUCAGGUCAUCUCAAGGCCCCAACUCAAGCUGCAGAUGUAGCUUCUCCUCCUUCCACCUGAGUUGACCCUCCCUGCUCCCACCACCCUGACCAACCAAAAGCGGAACGGAUGCCAUGCUGUGCGGGGCCUUUCAGGACCUCAGCAGAGCCGCUUCCUGGUGCUAAGCAGCCUUGACACUCAGAGCCCAGGGAUGGGCUGGCCUGUGAGCCAAGGGCUGAUGGGACUGCUGGCCCAACACUGCUCUCUUUGUGUUUGAUUUUGUUGUUUUGUUUUGUUUGUUUUGUUUUUUAAUUCUUUACUUUUGAUACUGUGAAUAUCUUCCAUGCGGAAAGAUAAAGCAACAUUUGGACACAGAA